AUAUGUGCUUUGAGCUCUUUACUGUUGCCGGGGCGUCAAUGGCGGAACUCCGGAGCAGAAGUUAAUAUGACACAAGCUAGGAUCGCGUAAGAGGUCAACAAGGAUGUCAAUAGAGGCAGAGGCGUUGCUGCAGGAGGCGAAGGAGAGCAUUGAAGCAGCCCAAAACUACAGAAGCGAGCUACAGCAGAGACUGCAUGGACUCAGCCAGGCACGCAAACAGACUGGAGUAUGUAAUGUGACUGUUCCUUCAGGGGAGGCUGCCAUCCGCUGUGGUAUAAAUGAGAACGAGGACAAGCUGGGCAGCUUCACUAAGAAAGCCCUGCAGAUCCAGUUGGACAGUCUGCCUGAGGUACCUGUGCUGGUGGACGUGCCAUGUCUGUCUGCGCAGCUGGACGACUCUUUGCUGCAUAUGUUCCGUACGCACGUGGCUCGGCACGGCAGCGUGGCCUCUCAUCCGCCCGUCCAGAUUGAGGAGCUGGUGGAGAGACCAGGCGGUGUGCUGGUGCGCUGGUGUAAGGUGCGCGGCAGUGCCAGUCAGACACGUGAGGCUCUGCAACGGCACUUUCAGGAGCUGCAGACGGCAGUGAGUCGACUGCUGACAGAGAGGCUGAACACUCUGCUGCAAGAGGUUGACAACAUCGAGCUGGACAGUGUCAGUCCCUUAGAUGACUGUCAGAAGCUCAUUGAGCAUGGAGUCAGCACAGCUGAUGAGCUGCUCCGAGAGGGUGGGUCUGUGCGCGGCAGUGCCAGUCAGACACGUGAGGCUCUGCAACGGCACUUUCAGGAGCUGCAGACGGCAGUGAGUCGACUGCUGACAGAGAGGCUGAACACUCUGCUGCAAGAGGUUGACAACAUCGAGCUGGACAGUGUCAGUCCCUUAGAUGACUGUCAGAAGCUCAUUGAGCAUGGAGUCAGCACAGCUGAUGAGCUGCUCCGAGAGGGUGGGUUGUUUUAUUGUGCGUUUGCAGAAUGGCUUCCAGGCAUGGAUGGUUACAUUUUAAGCAGUAGGAAGAACAUCGCCAUGCGCAAUGACUCAUCACCUGGUCACGGGGGUGUUCUGUACUCCAGCUCCCCCACGUACUUCUGUGGCCAGACCCUCACCUUCAAGAUCACAGCUGCUGGACAGACAGAAAAGCGGGACAGUUUGGGUGUGUGUGCGGACAGCAGAACUGACACAGACUCACUGCAGAGGGAUCAGGCUGUCUGCAUCUCCACUAAUGGUGCUGUGUUUGUGAACGGAAAAGAGAUGACCAACCAGCUACCAGCAAUCACUGUUGGCUCUUCUGUGACCUUUGACAUGGAAGUGGUCAACCUCUUUCCUGUGAGCAACAAUAACAACCCCAGCGACGGGGGAAACUUCAAGCUGAGGGUGACGAUUGGCUCAGGGAACAGGGAAGUGGUGUUUGACUGGCUGCUGGAUCAGGUGGUGGACAGCCUUUUCUUUGGCUGCUCCUUCACGCACCCUGGAUGGAAAGCACUGGUGUUUUGAUUGUUGCAUGAUGGAAGAUCCAGUCUGCUGGAAUUCAAGACCUCAAGUUUCUUUAACGUUAUCACUUCCCAAGUGCUUACAGUGUUCAGAUGUCACAUUUUGCCCUUUUUCUUUCUAUCAGCACCACAUAUCACUGCAGAAUAACAUUAAACUUUGUUCUGAUGUAUGACGCCAACCACUACUCUUUAACCUCAUUACAGGUGGACAGGUGUUGUGGUAUUUGCAUAACAGUACUUCUUUGCAAUAGAGACUGUUACAUGUUAGAGUUGGUGUCUAAUAAAGUCUUAACCUGCUGGUGUUAAGUUGCAAAGCAUGCUAGUCUGGUUUACCAUAGAAAAGAAAUCUACUGUGAAGCAUUCAGAGAUCAUAGGCACUCAAACUACUUGAAAAAAUGUUUAAAAAACCCUUCGCAACGAACAACAAAGCUUAAUCUCUUAUGCUCAGACAAUCUUUCUGCUUCAGUUUCCUCAAGUCAGAAGUGGAGAAUGUAUCCUUAGUACUUAGAACAGCUGAAUGUCAUUUUAGAACACAGUAGCAUAUAAAACAACUAGUAUUUAAUUCAUGUUUGCCAUGUGUUCUCAUUUAGAAAGUACUGUUUUUCAUUUUUACAUCACAGGGUAGAGUGUUCAUGUAUCAGCCUGUUCACAACUUAGGCAACAAUUCUGAUCAGUAGAGAUCAAUGUUUCUACAGAAAUGUGAUCAUUCGCACUAAGCUUAAAUGUUGUGCCAUUUUGAGAUGAACUUUUUUUUAAUGUUCACAUUUUGACAAAUACCUGUCUUACAGUAGCAUUUCAUGUUUUUAUUAGCUGGCUUUUACCUUACAGUAAUGUUUCUGUUGCAUCAGUUGGAGAUUUUAGAGGAAAAACAUUUGACAAAAUAAGAGGACAAGCACCCAAUUCACAUGUUCCUGAGAUAAAAGAACAAUUUACAAGGUACUAUAUAAUUCCUCACUGCAGAGAACAUUUGUAACCCGACACCGAUACACCCACAAAAGAUCUGAUCUUUACAAUAUUUAUAAAACUGUGACCGUAAAAUGUAUUUACCUCAUUUUGUCUGUGCCUUUGCAGUACAGCUGUAAGAAUACAACUGAGCAUUUGCAAUUUAAUAAACAGUUUGGAACAUUUAAACAUUCUUGAUUUUUUUUUUUGGCAAAUGUUUACUCAAAAGAAAAAAAAAGAAAAAAAAAUCAUUCAUUUAUGAACAAGACUUGUGAGGUAUCAAUUGUAAAACAAAACAAAAAAAAUCUUUAUUUUAAAUAAAGAGCAACCUCAAGCACAUUUCAGCAUAAUUCAGAAACUCAAGCAGGUUUCAUAAUGUUCCUAUUCAAGAUAUAAAUAUCUUUUUUAACAUUAAUUUAUAUCAGUAAUCCACAUCUUGUGUAAUCGUUGCCCUAUUAAGAGUGUAAUGCAAAUUGCAAUUACGCAACAGCUUCAGCCAGUUAAGUAUUUGAUGAAAAACAUUUUAACCCAGUGCACAGUUUUAGCGAAAUAAAGUAGUAAUGAUUCACAAAGAGAUCCCUUUCUUUUAAAACACAUGAAUUCAACAACAACAACAAAAAACUAUGAAAACUUGCAUUUCUGAUUCGAAGCCAACUAGACAAACAUUAUAGCCAUUUCACUUUGGUCUAAAAUAACAUUCCUUCCGGAAAGCAGUCACCAUCAGCAAAGCCAUCAUGUCACUAAAGUUAUGUACACGUUACAACAGGUUUCCUCAGAAACACCUGAAAAUCAAAUAAAUGGGCACCAUGAAGGACAAGUGGAAACGUAAAGUAAAUUGAUGGACACACCAGAGCAGAUGCACCAUGAUCAAAUGUAUAUAUUGAACUGGACACAGUAUUGUGCGCCGUAAAGCAUCACUGAAAUUAUUCAAACAAGAAUAAAUGAAACCUGUUUGCACUAAUUUAGACCAAAAGUUCAAACCCUGCUUAAGAGUCCAUGUUUCCAUGGAUAAGGCAAGUGUAAACAUUUCUGCAAGACAUCCCCCACCCUACUGUGUUGUAGCACCCUGUACCUGUAUGUACGUGUUGCAAGGUCAGUGGAAUUAAGGCUCUAAAAUAAACUUGAACACUGCAGUGUAAACGCAGAUGGCCUGCAGCACGGAUGCUCAUUCCUCAAUCCAAGAUUCCAAAGAAAAAAAGUCAUUUGAAGUCUUCAAGUGUGGUGCAACAUUAAAGUGGAUACUAAGCCACCAAGAAAGACCCAACAAAACUUUGGUCCAGACAAAUUCCAAAAGAAAACAACUUGGGGUGGCACAAACUGAAAUGCUGAAAAACUCCACCAAAAAAAA